AUGCAGAUCUUCAAUCCCGAGGAGUUCAUCGCGCCACUGAGUCGAGUCAAGUUUGAGAUCUCAGCGCUCGACCUUCGAGAUCCUCUAUGUCCGCCACCCACCCAGUCACCUCGACCGUCCAUCAAAACCAGCGGUACAGUAGAUUGGAUCGCCAUGAUGCGCGACCCUCUCCUCGAAGGCGAGCGUUUAGGGAUGGUUCUGGACAAGAAUGACCUCCAGACUGCUCCGCUGAGUUAUUCGGGAUUCUAUGCAGUGAUUGGUGGUGAUAUGUUGAGACUCUUUUGGGCCACGGGCCUCGCCACAAUAACCCCUCUUCUCGAGCCCAAGAUCCCAGCGCUCGACCUUCAAGAUUCUCAAUGUCCGCCACCCACUCAGUCACCUCGACCGCGAGCGUGA